ACUUUCUGUCGUUUGACCUGUGGCGCCACGCGUGAUAUCAACAUAUAUGUAUAUGUUGACUACACGUUAGAAUAGGAAAAGCGAAGGGCUAUCGUGUUGCAAAAUCGUGCGCUUGCCGGUCGGCAAUUUUUGCGACUGGGUCACCGGGAUUUUAAAAGACAUCGAAAAGGAAAGGUUUUACGAACGUCAGCUGUGGACGAACGGGCGUGUUUGUGGAACGCACCUGUAGUCGACAAACUAACUGCGACGCAGCGCGCGGUGUUACAUUUGUUGAAUAUACAAACUCGAGCUCGUGUAAGUGAUAAAGUACGCACGAUGGCACAGGGAAAACUCAAAGUUAAGACGAAGCUACCAACAUCGUCAAAGGCGAAGGGCAAGGGCAAGAAGGGCAAGAAGGGCCCUGCCGUACAAAAGCGUGGAAACGCCCCUGUUCAACCUAAGAAGGCAAAGCUGCAGGGUGCGCAGAAACUGAAGAAGAUUAUCUCGAAAACGGUCAACACCGCGGCGGAAGAUGACUUACGAGAGCGAGCCUUAGAGGGAAGGAAAGCUCUCACGAAGAAACGUCCUUCCAGCUCGAAGAAACAAUAAUACGUUAAUUGUUGCAAUACUUGUAUGUAUCAAUAAUACACUGUUACAUAUGUA